AUGUGGCAUUCGUUCAUUGUGCCGUCAAUAAUCUGUUACGAGUACGACGUGAUAGUACAGGGUGAUAUUAAUGAUCCUUCGCGAAAUUUCGUAAUUAAACCUCGCGGAAUAUCGCCUGAAGAAGCCGAACAGUUUAUGACUUCUGUGCUAGGAUCCUGUGAUGGCACUAUUACUUUGGAGGAAGCCGCAACUAUGGCCGAUACGUCAAACGAGGUGAGUACAGAGACUUUGGCUUUUUUUCAAGUGUCACCAUCGACGAAGAAGCGAAAGCUCGGUGAGAAGAUGCG